CAGCAGGCCCCAGCAGACCAGGAAGCAGAGGGCUCAACUGCUAGCCUGGUAUUGGGCAGCACUAGCUGGAGACUCAGAACCCAGAGCAGGAGAAGCGGCAGGGGACUCCCAGAGACCAAAGCUACUCCCACCGGGGAUCCCACAGGAACAAUGGGCAACCAAAUGAGCGUUCCACAAAGAGUUGAAGACCAAGAGAAAGAAUCGGAAACGGAGGCUUACAAGGCAUCCAACAGCGUGUGUGAUCAGAAUGGGAUCCCAGUGAUGAUAUCCACCCAUACUGUUCAGCACUACGAUGAAGUGGAUCUGGGAAUAAGCAUGCAGGAGGAUAAUGUGACCACUUCUUCCCCCAAGACAAUGGAGAUGGGCGCUGUGGCCGAUGCCAACGGAAAGAAUCUUGGGAAAGAGGCCAAACCCGAGGCACCAGCUGCUAAAUCUCGUUUUUUCUUGACUCUCUCUCGGCCUGUACCAGGACGUACCGGAGACCAAGGCACGGAUUCAUCCAGCGGACCCGCGAAGCUUGAUGUCAGCUCCAAUAACGCUCCGGGGAACAAAGACCCGAGUGAGGAGCCCGCGCUUCCGGGCGCAGCUGCACCGGGCAGGGCCACGGAUAAAACCCCGGUGCGGACCCCUGCCCCGGACCAGGCCCUCUCUGCCCCCGGGGCACCCGAGUCAGGGGCGGCCCCCACCAAGGACACCAGCUUUUUUGACAAAUUAUUCAAACUGGACAAAGGACGGGACAAGGCAGCAGUUGACAUCCAGGAGGAGGCCAGGAGGGCAGAGAGCGAGGACCAGGCGGAGGAGGCCCCCGGAGGCCCCGGGCAGGGCGAUGCGGUCCCUGCAGGGAAGGACCUAGUUGACAGCAAGGAAACAGAAGGACAAGAGGUUGAAACUUUGAAUUACUCUGUCCCUGGGGACCCAGAAGGACUGGAGAUUGCAAAGGACGACUCCCAGGCAACAAAUACAACAGAGAGUAACAAUUCCAUCAUGAGUUUCUUCAAAACUCUGGUGUCACCUAACAAAGCUGAAACAAAAAAAGAUCCAGAAGAUACGGCUUCCAAAGCAGAAAGCAUCUGCGAUGGGCAAGUGGGUCAGAAGACAUCUGAGACCCAGGCGAAGGGCAGCAAGAAGAAGCACCUGGAGAGCCCCCGGCUGGGCCUCGCCUUUAGGAAAUUGCUUAGACAUAAGGAUGCUGAGAAGUCACCCACCACUUCGGCCAACCUCAAGUCAGACAAAACCAACUUCACACCCCAGGAGACCCCAGGGACAGCCAGGAGCCCUAAAGGCUGCAGCCCUUCAGGUGCCGUGCAGUCCGUGACCAGGCCUGAAGCCUCCAAGGAAGGCAGCAAGGAGAAGUCAGGACCCACCUCUCUGCCUCUGGGCAAACUGUUUUGGAAAAAGUCAGUUAAAGAGGAUUCAGUCGCCCCAGGUGCAGAAGAAAAUGUGGUGUGUGAAUCACCAAUAGAAAUUACAAAGUUUGAGAAAGUAGAGUCAGCCUCACAAACAGUGGAUCUCACUGAAGAAGAAGAUGCUAAGCCCGAACCCAUGGAAGUAAAACUCAAAAGAGAAGCAAGCAAGCCGCGGAGGACCUCCCUGAUGGCAUUGCUCAGACACAUGUCAGUGAAAGGGGAUGAAGGGAUCCCACCCUCAGAAGAAAUAAACGGGAAAGACUCCAGCUGCCAUACGUCCAGCUCCACGGAGAAGCCGGCCACGCCACCAGAGCCCGAGCCCGCGCCCGCGGGGGCGGCCCAGAAGGGCACAGAGGCCUCCUCCAAGGACAAGAGGCCCGCAGCCGAGACCACCAAGCAGAAGAACAGCAAGCAGGAGGCCAAAGAACCCGCCCCGUCCACGGAGCAGGUCCCAGUGGACGCGAACUCGCUGCAGAACGGGGGCAAGUCCCCAAAGAAACUGGAGAAACCGCGACAGUCCCUGGGGGGCUUCCUUAAGGGCCUGGGACCAAAGCGGAUGUCAGAUGCUCAAGUGCAGACAGACCCAGUAUCCAUCGGACCAGUUGGCAAAUCCAAGUGCACAGGGAAGUGUAUCUUCUCCCAUGCCAAGAAGAUGUGGCCUUUCCAGGAACGGCGCUGGUGACCUGAAAUGGCUGCCACCAUGCGCGCACACCCACAGGAAUGCGCACACUCUCACAUGCACAAACACAUACGUGCGCGCACACACACACACACACACACACACACACUCGCUCUGCUUUCCAGUUCCAGCUAACGGUGACUUUUGACUGAUAUCCAUAGAAGAAUUAUUCAAAAAAGCAGCUGUUCCCAGCAGCCCAGGAGGCCCCUUUGAAUCCACCACCUUGGGGAACAAGCAACCCGCCAGGAACUGCAGCGGAGGGGAGAAAAGAGAGCAGGGAAGUUGGUUGUUUGUACCCCUUUUCUUCAAGCAUGUUGUCAGGGAUUUAAGCACAGUCUGUCUGUCUGUCUCUCCCACACAGGCUCCCUCCCUCUCCCCCUCUCCUUCUCUCUCUCUCUCUCUCUCUCUCUCUCUCUCCUGCCCUUACUGUUUGCAAGGAGUCCAGAUGUGCUGGGGUCCCAUUAAAUUAGAUUCCAAGAGGCCAGAACAUGUCCCUCUGGAUCCUUCUCAAAGACCUAGCAAAAGAGCAGAUCUGUGCAGCCAGGAUUUGACAGGGUCAUUUCUUCUGUCAAAUAGUCCCAGCUUCAUCUGAAGCCUUAAAACACAAGGUCACCUCUCCUACUGCCCUGAGGGAAAUGUGCCAGUCUAACUUGCUCACACUGGGGGCGGGUGAGGGGCGCUUUGCAGCCACGUGCGGCUGGGGGGCUUGGCUUUCACCAUGCUCUAAGUGCCCCCUUUAAGCCUUUUAAGAAGGCAAUUUUGCACGGUGAGUAGAAUUAGGCUUCUCCGUGGUCAAGAUUUUGUUUGUUCUAUCAGUGAAAACGAAGAGGCACUGGUCCCCUGGAAAUUACAGGCUGCGUUAGGAAGAAAAGAAAUUAUGAACAGCAGAUUCUGCACAUGGGUAAGGCAGCUCUGCAGCCCAGGCCCAACGCCCUGCUCCGUCAGUCAGGGUCCAACCCUUAGCAAAAAUUGGUUUUUCUGGGGAGUGUGACUCUUUAGCCUCUGCUGCCCUCUUUGCUCUCCAUCCCCAGGCCUCUAAUUGGCAGAGGCAGAAGCAGCAGCCCAGGCAAUUUCACAGGAGUAAGGGGAACACAUUACAGUUUACAGACUGUUUUCUGAAUGCAUUAUCUAAUUUAAAGCCAAAUGCCCCUAAUUGAAUUUAAUUGCUUCCUUGGUUGCAUUUCAUCAUGGGGGUGACUGGCAGGCGCCUGUGUGAGUUUUGUUGUUGUUUUUCAAAUGAGCACUUCUUGACAAAAUGGCCCCCAGCUGCACCUCUGCUAAUGAUUGCCAGGGAAAGUCUUUCCUUACCCGCCGACUGUCCCCAAAUCUAGCCACACGGGGGCACUCCAGGACCUGGGGUCCUACCAUCUCUAGGCCUUUUCCCAAGGUCGCCUAACAAGGAAGUUGGGCCAAAGCAGUAUCCGGAGUGUGUUGCAGAUCAGCUUCUAGAAAGCAGUCAAGUUUGAUGAGGACGACCAGGCGAGAAGGCCAAACAG